AUGUUAGAAAGGAAAAAAGAAUGCAAUCUUGUAUCUCUCCUCCUCNCUGCCGCGGCGCUCAGUUUGUGCGAGAAUGGGCGUCUGGAAUGCGUUCUUUUCGACAUCGAUGGAACGCUCUGCGAUUCCGAUCCUCUCCAUUUCUCCGCCUUCCGUCAAUGCCUUCUUCAGGUUGGAUUCAACAAUGGAGUCCCAAUCAAUGAAGAAUUCUUCGUAGAGAGCAUAAGUGGGAGACACAAUGAGGACCUUUGUGGCAUUCUCCUACCAAAUUGGGACCUACCCAAAGCUAGAAAGUUUCUUGAAGAUAAAGAAGCCUAUUUUUGCAGACUGGCAGCAGAGGAGCUGGAAGCCAUUGAAGGGCUGGAGAAGGUGUGCAAGUGGAUAGAGGCGCGUGGGGUAAAACGCGCCGCCGUGACAAACGCCCCACGGCGGAACGCGGAGCUGAUCCUGUCGAUGUUGGGACUUGCAAAUUUCUUUGAGGCGGUGGUUAUAGGCAGCGAAUGCCAGCGAGCAAAGCCAUUUCCUGAUCCCUACUUGAAUGCUCUUCAAGAACUUGGAGCCUCCCCUCAAAAUUCUUUUGUCUUUGAGGACUCAGUAUCAGGAGUGAAAGCAGGAGUGGGAGGUGGAAUGAAAGUGGUGGGUGUGGGAAGAAGAAAUCCUCAAGAGUUGCUGAUGAAGGCUGGAGCCAGUUUUGUGAUUAGGGAUUUCAAUGAUCCACAACUAUGGACCCACCUCAAACUCUUGGACCCAACUACUCUUUCAACUUAGAUCCCACUUUUUUUUAGUUCAAGGAGAAUAGUUUUUGGAGUAGAGAUUCGAAUAUCUAAUUUCCAGGUCAAAAAGAUGUAUGUUUUAAUUAGUUGAGCUAUGUUCAACUUGACAAUUUGAUCACGCUCCGUGUUCUUUAUUUCAUUACUUAUUAUCCAUGUUCUUUGUAUUCCUAGCCACAUUCUUUUUUC